AUACACGUAUAUAUCUUUGACAAUUCAAAACAUGGCUACCAUGUGAAAAAUAAAUUAGUCGCAUUACAGUUUGUAAACAAAUUUCUAUUUAGUUUUUACGAUAGUUUUGUUUCGUGUUACCAGCGAAACUUAUCAGCAGUGAAAAAAUAUAUUUCUUCGAUGAAAUUUAUAAGAAGUACACGUGGUAGAGAAACAUUCGAGUUUUUUAAUAUCUCUAACUGCAAUUUAAUGUCUAUUCAAUGUGAUCUAACGGAUUUCUGGAAAAUAAAAAUACACUUGUAUGCUAAUGUUCUACGUGAUUGUGAGAUACUUUUCAAAUGAACGCUAAAUAAUGAUAUACGUCUACAAUUAAACAUAUCGAUAGGUAACACUUAUAGACUUAAAAAUUACUGUGUUAAAGUGUGUUAGUAACAAGAAAAGAAAAUUAUUCUUUAUUAAUGCCAAGUAAAGUGAAAAAAUAUGCAUUUAAAAAUAUAUUUUUAAUCAAAUUUGUUUUCUAAAAAGAUUAUACUAUGUUAAAGUAUUAAAUAAAACAUUCAUGUGAUAAAGAUUCUAUGAAUAAUAUUGUAUUGCAUCGUUUGUAAAUUAACCUCAAUGGAUUCCAUUGACUUUGAUGCAAUUAUAAGACAUCCAAGAACUAUAAUUCAUAUAGAUGUUGACUGUUUUUAUGCUCAAAUAGAGAUGCUAAGGCAUCCAGAGCUACAAGGCAAACCAUUGGGAGUACAACAAAAAAAUAUAGUAGUAACAAGCAAUUACUUAGCACGAGAAUAUGGAAUUAAAAAAUGUAUGUCAGUGCAGGAAGCUUUACAUUUGUGUCCAGAGCUAGCCUUGGUAAAUGGUGAAGACUUAACACACUAUCGUCAUUACUCUGCUAAAAUACAGAAGAUAUUACAUCAGUUUACUCCAUUAGUUGAAAGGUUAGGUUUUGAUGACAAUUUUUUGGACGUAACAUCUAUCGUACAAAAAUAUAUGAAUUCUGGGAAUGAUUCAGAAUUGAAUAUGAGUAUUAAUAUGGAAGAUGAAAAUCCAGUUGGCAAAGUAUUUGGUCCCUCCGAAGAAGAAUGUCCUUGUGGUUGUCAUGCUAGAUUAAUUAUAGCUUCCAAAAUUGCAGUAGAAAUAAGAGAACAAAUUUAUAAAGAUUUGCAUAUUACAUGCAGUGCUGGGAUAGGACAUAACAAGCUCUUAGCAAAGUUAGUGGGUUCAUUGCAUAAACCAAAUCAGCAAACACUAAUAUUUCCUUGCAGUGCAGCUAUGCUAUUAUCUACCAUAGAGUCUGUAUCUAAAAUACCUGGUAUUGGGCAAAAGACAACAGAAUUGUUAAUAUCCAAUAACAUAAAAACUGUGGACGAUGUGCGAAAAACACCUUUAGAAGCAUUAGAGAAGAAAAUCGGUGUUGACUUAGCACGAAAAUUAAAAGAUAAUGCUGAAGGCAUCGACGAGACUGUUGUAAAACCGACAGGAAAGAGACAGAGUAUAGGAUUAGAAGAUGGCUUCAAGAGUGUUUCUUUGAUAGCCGAAGUAGAAUCACGGCUAGGAGCACUUCUGAGAAGAUUAACGGAAUUAGCUAUGGAGGAUGGAAGAAUCCCUGUUGCUAUGAGAUUAACAGUCAGAAAACAUGAUUUUAAUAAAUCAGCUUCGGGUAAAAGAGAAACCCGACAAUGCGCUUUACCAAAACAUCUACUGCCUUCUUCAAAAUCUGGAGUUUACGAUCACGCUAAAAUGCUAGCAUUAGCAAUGAAACUGUUUCAUCGUACUGUCGAUGUUUCUAAACCAUUCCAUUUAACCCUUUUAGGCGUUGCUUUCACGAAAUUUGAGGAAAGAUCUUCCGGUAAAAAUAGUAUUACAUCUUUUUUGCGAAAACAAGUCGCUGUUCAAUCCGUCUUAGAUAUAAGCUCGGAAGAAGGCGUUUCUGACAUUAAUCUCGGAUCACCAAUGAGUGUGAAUCAAGAUAGUAACGACGGUUCUGCGAUGAGUACCACUUCAUCUCCAAUUUCCAAAUCAAUAGGUACUAAUAACCAAACCGUGGACGAUGAUGUUUUGAACGAAAUAGAACCUUUACCAAAAAAGACCAGAUUGGAAGUAUGGUUAAGUGGACGUAGAGAAUCUCCAAGCAACGAAAUGGCUGACCUUCGACUUAGUCCUUCAUCACCAAUGCAAUUGUCUCCAAAAAUUGAUGCGGCCGUUCUUAAAUCUUUACCGAUUGAUAUACAAAGAGAAGUGACCCGUUCUUGGCCGACAACUAGUAAACCAAAAUCGAAUAAUAUACUUAAAUACUUUAUAGCCAAUAAGUGACGGAGUUUUAUGGCCUAGAAUAAAAUAUAGCCAUCAUUCUGUAUACACUUACACACUUACAAUAUUGGAUGGCAGCACCAUGUGAUAUUACGAAUUUAAGUUACUAAAUAUUUUAAAUCAAUUUGCAAUUUGGCUAUUAACCUUCUGUAUACACAUAUUUUCUAGAACAUUUACAGUAAAUGAAUGUUAAUAUAAAAUAACUUUAUCACAUAAUUUUGGUCACUUCAUUAAACAUCAUUACAAAAGACCUUACAAGUGAAUUUACAUGAUUGUACAAAGCAUGUUUCUAUUUAUUUAUUUUUGACCAAUUCAAACAUAGUUGAUACUUAAAUUAUCAUAUUAUAAUAAAAAUAGACGGAUUUUUAGGUUUCUUUGCGUUCAAAACGUAUUUACAAAACUCAAAAAAAAGAAAAAGGAAUAAAAAUAUACAUUAACUAUCGAUGAAAAGUAUUCCUAUUUAAGUAGAAUUGUUUAUUGUAAAUUGAAGAUAAAAAAUUAUAAAGUAAGUUUUAUUUUUACCUUUUUCACGUCCGAUGUGCAUAUUUUAUAUGAUUCUUAAUACCGCUGUGCAUUUCUUAACGCUUAACGUUUGG